AUGGAUGGUUUCGCGCGGGGACAGGUGCAGGUUUACCAUCCUGUUAACCUUCACCCCGGAUCCUGGGAUGAGGAGUUGGUGCAGCGGGUUCGGCUGGACGUCGAGACUGCUGGACGCAGGGAGGACCGUCAGAAGCUCGAAGAGACGGAGUUGCAACUGCUUCUGGCGCGGAAUCCGGCGGCCAAACCGCUGGAGUUCUUUGAGGGCUUAAUCGGACAGACUGAGUCGGAGAAGACGGUGCGUACAGCUGGGGUCAAUAGACGGCUGCAAGAGGUGGAGGCGUGCAACCGCAAUGGGUCCGGAAGUGGAUUGGGGACUGGUUGA